AUGUGCGGCGGGAAUUCCUUAAGGUACGAUCUGAAGUCUCCAAGCGCCUUAAAGAAUGUAGAAAGGCCUUUGAAAGCCUUAGAGGAGAACGCGAGUCCCCUAAGCAGUAAAGCAAAUAUCUGCUCGAAGUUGUGUCUAAGUUCUAGCGUAUCACGGAGAAUGCUCUCUAUACGAAUUACGGAUCCUAGGAUUCUUUUGAUGAAUACCCUAGCUUAA